AUGGAUUCGAUGUCAGCCGCCUGCACGCCACUUAAGCACAAAUACGACGCUUGCUUCACCAACUGGUUCGUCGAAUACUUAGGCCUGCCUCAAGACGCGUCGGAUGGGCCAAAAGUGGCCAGCAGCGAUUCAUUCGGCUCCGCAGGGUUCUGGUCGAGAGGCAAAAGUGCUGGUGGCGAAGGAAGCGACAGACGGACGGCGCUGAGGGAGAAAUUGGAAGGCGAAUGUGGGGCUGUCUGGAGUGCGUACAGAGACUGCGUCAAGCGAGCUGUUGUUGAGAAGCAGCUCGAAGGCCCAAUCGCAGAAGCGCGGGCACACAAUCCAUUUCCCUUUCCAGGUCACGACUCGGGAGCACCUCACACUCCGCCAUUCCCCUUUGCAUCACAAGCCGGAGCCAAGGAUCCAUAA